GUAAACGAGCGCGCUCCAGCACGAAGAGAGAGGUCAUAGGAAAGUGUGAACAAACUACACUGACUGACCCACCGACAGCUCCCCGCCGCCGCUCGCCCACCGCCACGCACCUUGGGGCCGCACAGAGCCCAGGACAGCCGCGGCAGUCGCUCCACGGAGGUACGAGUCACAUCUCUGCUGUUGAACAUGGCAGUGUGGAUCCAGGCCCAGCAGCUCCAGGGAGAUGCUCUCCACCAGAUGCAAUCUCUGUACGGGCAGCAUUUCCCCAUCGAAGUGAGACAUUAUCUCUCUCAGUGGAUCGAGGGCCAACUCUGGGACAACAUCGACUUGGAGAACCCACAGGAGGAGUUCAAGGCCAAACGCUUGCUAGACAGUCUGAUCCAGGAGCUGCAGAACAAGGCAGAGCACCAGGUGGGAGAAGACGGCUUCCUGCUCAAAAUCAAACUGGGACACUAUGCCAGCCAGCUGAAGAGCACGUAUGACCGGUGUCCUCUGGAGCUGGUGCGCUGCAUCAAACACAUCCUCUACACGGAGCAGCGGCUCGUCAGGGAGGCCACCAAUUCGAACUCCCCGGUGGGCGGCCUGAUGGACAGCAUGUCUCAGAAAUACCAGCAGAUCAACCAAGCCUUCGAGGAACUCCGCCUGCUAACCCAGGACACGGAGAACGACCUGCGCAAGCUCCAGCACAACCAGGAGUACUUCAUUAUCCAGUACCAGGAGAGCCUCCGCAUCCAGGCCCAGCUGUCCAGCCUGGCCACACUGCCCCCUGCUGACCGACAGUUACGAGAGCCCACCCUCCUGAACAAGAGAGCCACAGUGGAAGCAUGGCUGACCAGGGAAGCCAACACACUACAGAAGUACAGACUGGACUUGGCAGAGAAGCACCAGAAAACACUGCAGCUGCUGAGGAAGCAGCAGACCAUCAUCCUGGACGACGAGCUGAUCCAGUGGAAGAGGCGGCAACAGCUGGCGGGCAACGGGGGUCCGCCGGAGGGAGGCCUGGACAUCCUGCAGUCCUGGUGCGAGAAGCUGGCGGAAACGAUCUGGCAGAACAGGCAGCAGAUUCGGAGGGCGGAGCAUCUACGACAACAGCUGCCCAUCCCCGGCCCCAUUGAAGAGCUACUCAAUGAACUCAACAGCACCAUUACAGAUAUCAUCUCAGCCUUGGUCACCAGCACGUUCAUCAUUGAGAAGCAGCCUCCACAGGUGCUAAAAACCCAGACCAAGUUCGCCGCAACCGUGCGCCUCCUCGUGGGCGGCAAGCUGAACGUGCACAUGAACCCGCCGCAGGUGAAGGCCACCAUCAUCAGCGAGCAGCAGGCCAAGGCGCUGCUGAAGAACGAGAACACCAGGAAUGACAGCAGCGGAGAAAUCCUCAACAACAACUGUGUGAUGGAGUACCACCAGACGACGGGCACACUGAGCGCUCACUUCAGGAACAUGUCCUUGAAGAGGAUCAAACGGUCAGACAGGAGAGGGGCGGAAUCCGUCACCGAGGAGAAGUUCACCAUUCUCUUUGAGUCACAGUUCAGUGUCGGAGGCAAUGAGCUUGUCUUCCAAGUGAAGACAUUGUCACUGCCGGUAGUGGUGAUCGUCCACGGUAGCCAAGACAAUAAUGCCACGGCCACCGUGCUGUGGGACAACGCUUUCGCCGAGCCAGGCCGCGUUCCAUUCCUGGUGCCGGACAAGGUGCUCUGGCCUCAACUGUGCGAGGCCAUCAACAUGAAGUACAAGGCAGAGGUGCAGAGCAACCGCGGCCUCUCCGAGGAGAACCUGGUCUUCCUCGCUCAGAAGGCCUUCGGCAGCUCCAGCACCAGCGUGGAGGAAGACCGCAACAUGACGAUGACGUGGUCGCAGUUUAACAGAGAAAGCUUGCCCGGCAGGAACUUCACAUUUUGGCAGUGGUUUGACGGCGUGAUGGAACUGACAAAGAAGCACCUCAAGCUACACUGGAACGACGGAGCCAUACUGGGCUUUGUGAACAAGCAGCAGGCUCAGGAUAUGCUGAUGUCCAAGCCCAACGGCACCUUUCUCCUGCGCUUCAGCGACUCGGAGAUUGGAGGCGUCACCAUCGCAUGGGUGGCCGAAAAUCCCAACAAAGCAGGUGAGAGGAUGGUGUGGAACCUCAUGCCCUACACAACCAAAGACUUCACAAUCCGCUCUCUGGCCGACCGCAUCAGCGACCUCAACCACCUGCUGUUCCUCUACCCCGAUCGGCCCAAGGACGACGUCUUCUCCAAAUAUUACACCCCUCCGCUCUCCAAGGCGGUGGAUGGCUACGUGAAGCCGCAAAUCAAACAAGUGGUGCCUGAGUUUACAACAUCCAAUCCAGAUCCAACAAGUGGAAAUCCAACCUACAUGGACCACGGCGCCUCCCCCGCUGCUGUCAGCCACCCUCACACCUACGGCAUAUACCCACCAAUGAGCGACUCCAUGCUGGAUGCUGACGGCGACUUCGACCUGGACGACACCAUGGAUGUGGCGCGGCACGUGGAGGAGCUCCUGCGGCGGCCCGUGGAGAGCCACUGGGGGGGCCAGCAGUCUUGACCCACCCCCCUCCCUCACCACCGCAGCCACCAAAUGAACCCUCUCAUGCUUUUAAUACCCAUCAUCAUUUUUUCUCUUAGCUGAAAUGUGAAAUGUUAAUAAUAACGGUUUUGUUGUUUUCCGCGUGAGAGCAUGCGUGACAAUUCCUCUUUCUUUGGUUUUAUGUGUGCGUGUCCAUAAGUAUUUGUACAAUGCAAAAACCCACACAGUGUUACAGUAUUGUUUUUAGAAAAAGAAAAAUGGUGUUUUUCAAUGUUCAUGCAUCGACUUCUCGGACAAAGGACUGGAAGCGUGUUGACACAAAGUAGCCGUUACUCGCUGGCUGGGACGUUCUCCUGGAACCGAUGCUAGAAGCUUCUACACGACGCUGCCUGCUCAUCCUCUCAGGUCCUCCUCUCCCGCUCCCUUUACCUCUGCCUUAUUACACUUCUUACUACUGCACUUGCGCCACUCGGUACGGCCACUUUAUUAUUCUUUUUUUUCAGCAGCCUGCUUUUGCGUGAUGUUCAAGGCCUGUCAUUUUUGUGUGUGCGUCUGUGGGAAGUACAGAUAGUCCGGGAUAUGGGAAUAUCCACCGCCAUGACACAUUUAGACCUCAUUUAGACGCCAUUUGUAUGCAUGAACAGUAAGCGUCUUUCUCUCGUACGCACCUCAGGAAAUAAAACCUCAGAUAUUUAGGAUGUAUGCCGAACAUAUGAAUUGAUUUCCUCCAAUGUGAUUCCUGUUGAAUGUAAACACCUUUUGAAGACUGUCAUGACCUCCCCUUCCCCUUACUGCAAGACUGAACCAGUCGAGUGUGAUUCAUUCCCAAACAGGCAAUUGAAUGUGUCACCCGUGGGCGGAGUUUGUUCUUGUCUGACUAUUUGGGUGCCUAAACGGGCUGCCAUACAAAUCCGCAGGCCUGUAAUUUUGACCUAACUAGCUUUCUGACAGAACAGGCUGUCAAAGAGUCAAUCAAAAAUGUCAGCAGCCGACCGUUUGCACAGAUCAUUCUGACCCACUCAGUUUACUGCCUAAACGGGCUGGCGUGGAACUCAAAAGCGGCAGCAGCACGCAGUCCCGACUUGAUUUAUUGCUGCCUAGACGGGCUGCAGCAUUUAGUUAGCAUAGGGCGUGCUUGCUGCACGUCAAAUAAGCAUGAAAAAACCCCAAACAGUCGGCUGUAGAAAUCCAAAUUCGGGAACACAAAGUUGUAGGCACCAUUCAUUUUGAUCCAGCUAGUUUGCUGCCUAAACGGGCUGCUGUCCAAAUCAAAAGCGUUAUCAGCCAGCUGGGGACAGUUGGUGUUCUGCAACUCCUAAACGCAGUGCUGUAGAAAUUAGCCAGAGGUGCAAUUCAUUUUGACCAAAUGACUUUUCCGCCUAAACGGCCUGCGACUGGUUCUCAUUUCUUGGAGGCAGGCCAUUUAUGUGGAAAAGUCAUUUGUUUUUAACUCAAGCUGUUUACUGCCCCAGUGGGCGGGCAUAAAAAUGUAUGGAAUUUGCAGCUGGCACAGUUCAGUGUGCCUUAACUUCAUUGUGGCGCUUAAACGGGUUGCCAUCGAAAUUGGCUGCUGCCCACAUCGAAAGUGUUCACAGCUGGCCGUGAUCUUUUGAAAGUGGCAGCGCCCAGCCUGAGGUGCAAUACAUUUCGGGUAAACGACUUUUCUGCCUAAAUGGGCUGCCUCUAGAAAUCAAAAGUGGGGGACAGUUUAUGUUUAACCCAAGCAGCUUCCAGCCUAAAUGGGCUGCCAUGAAAAAAUAGGAAUUUGCAGCAAACAGCUGUUACUGUUGAUUGUUAUACAUUGUGUUGAUACAUUUUUGCCCAACUGCUACUACUACUGUGCUGCCUAAAUGGGAUGUGGUAAAAAGCUGGAUUAUUGGGGUUGGGUGUCUUUUUCCAUUUGCACACUCGACGGCGCUCUUAUUGCCGGGUCCUUUCAACACAACCACACUUGCUUACCAACAAAAUGACUCUAUUCUAUUCUGUUCUGUUCCAUUAAAAAAAAAAAAAGGAUUCCAAUGACACCCUUUAUGGCUUUUUCCCCAACCUUCAGUCUGAGUUUUGUCGUCGUUGUUGUUUUUUUGUGCGUUGUUCCAUGUCUGUUUGUGCUUCUGGCAGGCAAGAAGAAGACUGGCGUUGAAAUGAAGAAAAAUAAAAGUUUUAUAAAUAGUCAACUGGAGCCUCCGUGAAGAGGACACAUUGCAGCGUUGUACUUUGUAAUGCCAUUCAUGGACAUUUUGACCGGACGCUUGAAAGGCUCUUGUGCAACCUUGCAAUGACACACUGAGCUUAUUAAACCUUUUAUUUUGUUUCAACGCACUGUAUUGUUAUUAUUAACCAGCAUUCUCCCCCAAAGACACAACAUGGCUUUGAUGCAAACUCAGAACAUUGUAUUUGAUGUUUUUUGAAAGGAUAAGCACUUGAAUAGAGUGUAAAAAUAAUAAUUUAAACAAUGCACAUUGUAUGCAUGAAUGGUGAUUUUGAUUGAGCUGAUCUGCACCGUCAGUGGUAAGGAACUGACUCUCUGCCGCCCUCCGGUGGACAUAAGACGAAACAGCCGAGCCUGGGAGAACAAUAGAGGGAGAAAAAAAACGGCUUCAAAUGUUUUUUUUAACUAAAGAAUGUUGAGGAAUUACUUAUCUUAACAGUUUGCUGCCUUGAAUAUUUUUUUAUUGUUACUAUUGAGUUCAAUGUUUAAUUAUUUAGACAAUACCGAUCGGAGACCAGCUCUGAUUAAAAUGCUAAUAAACUGCUCAACUGCAUUUUUAUUUAUUUUUAUUAAAUAAUUAAUUUUU